GCGCAGUUGACCGACUCAUACCCCUUCGGGCUACUUCGGGCCCCGGCGGGCUUGAUAGUCUCACUGCAUUAUAUUGAUGAUGCCCACACUCCACUAAGCCAGAAACGACGCCGACCGGUGCAGCAUGCACACAUGUGCAUUGUGGAUGAACACGUCACUCAUACUGGCCGUAGCGAAUCUCCCGCCAGUAACGGCCAAUAAGAAACCAGAUGCGUCAAUUGCAUCAAAUUGCACGAUUAACUGACUCAGGCUUAUCUCGAGGCAAUGCUAGCUAAAAAUGAAACUUUCAGAGCUCGGGACGGGUGAGAGACUCAUCACUAGUAGCUUGUCCUUGUACCAUCACCAUACCAGGCUGUGAGCCUCUGAACAUUCAUGUCCUCUCGAGCUCCCAGUGAGAAUAGGUCGCUGUUGCAUUUAGAGAUCGGCGACUCUACAACGUCUUCCUACGGUACAUCCUUGAACAGCAAUGACGACCCGGAAUCUAUCUCUAGGAAGGUGUUAGAGAGAAAUCUUCUGCGCAAGCUAGACUUCAGAACAGCGUAUCUUGUUCUUAUCUACAUCUUGAAUCAGAUGGAUCGAAAUAAUGCCGCCGCCGCGAGGCUUCGUGGUUUCGAGGAGGACCUCGGCAUGAAGGGUAAUCAGUUCAACACGUUGAUCAGCAGUCUCUACAUCGGCUACGUGUUCACGCAAACACCCUCAAACUUGAUUCUCACUCGCAUAUCGAAACCAUCGCUAUAUUUAUCGAGCUGUAUGUCACUAUGGGGUCUCCUCACCACUCUCAUCGGAAUAUCCACGAACUACUACCAAGCACUUUCCUCUCGCUUUUUGGUGGGAUUCUUGGAGGCUACGUUUUAUCCUGGUGCUGUGUAUCUGCUUUCAAGAUGGUAUAAGCGAGAAGAGCUUGGAUACAGGACCGCUUUCUUCACUGCAGGAAUUGGAAUUAGCAAUGCUUUUGGUUCGCUGUUAGCCUCUGGAAUUCUGGCAACCAUGGAGGGAUUUCUUGGUUAUGCUGCCUGGAGGUGGCUAUUUUUCAUAGAAGGCUAUUUGACAGUUUUUGUCGGCAUCUGCGGGAUGUUCAUUCUUCCUGACUUUCCUUCUGGCCCUGCGCGUUGGCUCACUCCUGCAGAGCAUGCUCUCGCUCGAAAGCGGAUGGAGGAGGAUUCAGAAGGUCACGGUCCCGCUGAGACUUCAUCUGGCGGCUUUUCCGAUAUCCUUUCGAUGAUGACAGAUUGGAGAGCGUGGUUGGUUGGCACAGCAUUGUCUUGUUGUAAUGCAUCUCUGUCGUUCAAUAUGUUCUUCCCAACUUUGGCGGCCACAAUGGGGUACUCGCCUACUAUCAGUCUUCUGCUGUGCGUACCGCCAUGGAUUGCGAGCACAAUUACCGCAGUUGCUGUUGCACGUCACUCCGAUGCGACGCGCGAACGCUUUGGGCAUAUGGUCUUUGCGUUGUUGAUGCUAAUUACUGGAUAUGUUCUGGCUAUGUCCACGAUGAAUUUUACCGUUCGCUACAUCUCACUCUUUUUCAUGGCUCAGGCACAGGUCUCAAAUGUCAUCUUAUUAACAUGGAUCAGUAACACAUUCGCUCGUUCCAGCUCCAAGCGAGCGCUUGCGAUCGGAUUCAUGAACUGCAUUGGAACAUCAGGGAACACCUUAUCCCCGUACAUCUGGUUAUCGAGCUGGGGCCCGACAUAUACCAACUCGUGCCUCAUUUGCAUCGCGCUAGCCAGUAUAUGCAUCUCACUAUGCUGGGUGUUUAGGCAGCAUCUUGAGCGAUUGAACGAAGCGGCUGGUGCAGAAGAGCGCGAACUGAACCUUACUAAAGGUUAUAGAUACCUGCUGUAGCAUCUAACGAUGUAAAAUGCAGUCGAGUUCACUGACGUUUACGCGACUGAAGCCAAUCAGUUCAACUUCCAAUUCGCGCCAAAGAUGCAUGGGAAAUUGGGAUCAUUACUUAUUAACUUAGUAAGCUCCUUAUAAAUUAACUCGGAGAUCAAACUUC